AUGGUCCUAUUCAUUAGGGAAGAAAUAACAGCUAUGAGUUUAGGAAAAAGAAAUAACAAAUAUUUCUUUAAGCAUUCGUCACAACAGAAUAAAAUUGAUAUGAAAAGGUGCUUCAAGAAUUUUAUAAAUUCCAAAUUUUUCUUUUUUUUUGUUCUUACCUUGCUACAUCUGUUCUUACAAAAUGCAUCAAUUUCUGAUGAGAGAAAUAUUAAUGGAAAGUUGCAACUGAGUUGUACAUAUUCAAGAAAAUUAGGCGAGGAAGAAAGAAUUUCCUCUACUUCUAGGAAGGUUCCCGCUAACAUACAGAGAAGGAAAAAGUUGUCUUCGUCUUCAUUGAAUAAGGAGGAAGGUUUCCCGAAUACAGAAGAGACAAGAACAAGUGUUCAUGCGAGAGGAGCCAAUGGUAAUGUCAAGGUCGUUAGAAGUGAUAAGGCAAAAGGGGGUGCUGGUGUGGAGGCAGGAAGCAGCGAGACAGCAAACCUUGAUAGUGAUACGGAAUCGCCCACUGAGGAUGCGACUACCUCCAGUGAUGACGAGGCUGGGUCGAGUAGUGACACAACAACCUCCGGAGAUUCUGUAGGAACUAGUGGAAACUCCGAAGCAAUCAGCGACCACUCGACUACGUCCAAUGGCGAGGCGAAGGUACUGCGAAGCUGCUUGAAAAAGGAGACAGGUACAAAAAAGGAAAAGCGAAAAGUACACUUUGCUGAUCCUAUAGGACGAGUAAGGCUAUUUGUUCCAGAUGAAUGUAUAGGGUACACUGGGGAAGAUGAUGAAGACAUGGGAAACUGGGAAUAUUACAUUGUAAGCAAAAAAAAAAAAAAAAAACUAUGCUCAUGUUUUAGGUUUUGGAAAAAGAAAAAAAGUAAAAAAAUGGAGCCAUGGGAUUCUGAAUGGAGAAUAGAUGCACCUUGGUAUGGACAUGAAGAUGCUGAGGAAACAACCGAAGAGAAAAGCGAGAGAGAAAGUGCAGAGGAAACUACUGAUGAAAGGGAAGGAAGAAGCGAAGAAAGUGCAUAUGGAACACUUCGAAGGAGCAUUACAUUCGAUGACUUAAGUGCAGAGGGAAAUGAUGAUGAAGAAAUCAUUUACAUGUGA